AGCCGAGCGGGGUCAAGACCUGCACCAGGCUACCAGCCCUGCCUGUCUGAGCGCGCCGGUAUUUUUAGCUCGCUCGCGCAGAGGAUGCUCGGGGGCCACAGGAGCACGGCUCCUGCUCCGGACAAAGGGUUAAGUUUGUGGGCUGCAAGAGAUGGGAGCGAUUGGAUGGGCAAGGUGGACCUGAACCAGCCUGGGCGCUGGGCAGGGCCGGGGAGGUAAGUGAACGGGCUGCACCUGGGCACCCACGUCAUCCUGAGCGAACCUCCACGUUGUAUUUACAUGGUGUGAGGUCCAAACUGACUGGCUCUGCAGCGUGCGUGGGAGAGCCGAUGACCUGAGCGCCUCUGCCUUCGGCUGAUGCGGCGCAUAUAAAGCGGGCAGCGCGCCGGGGCUGCAGCACAGAGGAGCAGCGGGGAACAGGAGCCAGUGUCCCCAGCGGUGACCAGACGGACCAUGUCUCUGGACGCUGCACUCCUGCUUGUGGUCUUGGCCAGCUUGUCAGCUUCUCAGGCCGAACUGGCGGGGAACGGGCCCUGGGAUUACCACAGCCAGCUCACGCGUGACAAGGACAGCAUGGAGCACGCCCAGAGCACGAAGCUGGGCAGAGACACCAAAAACCUGAAGGGAAGUAUCCAGGAAAGGGGCAGCUACAUGGGAAAUUUCCUUGAGAAACUGGCUCCAUUCAGUGCAGGACUCCAGCCCCGGCUCUAUCAAGACUCCGACGGGCUGCGAAGGCUCAUCAGGAAGGAGCUGGAAGGCCUGAGGAUGAAACUGUCUCCUUACAUGGACGAUGUGCACCAGAGGAUAGGCAAGAACCUGGAGAGGCUUCGUUUUCAGCUGCAGCCAUUGACGGCAGAGCUCCUGGACCAGGUGUCGCUGAAAGCCGGGGAGCUUCGCCAGCACCUCACCCCCAGUCAAGACACGAAGGCACAGCUCCAGGAGGGCAUGGACGAGGUUCAGAGGUUCAUCGCCCAGUAUGCCAAUAAAAUAGCUUUCCAUACCGAUCAAGUGAAGGAAAUCUUCCAUCCGUUCGCGGACAAGCUCGUCGCUGAGAUCCACCGCAACGUGGAAGAGCUGCACAGGAACGUGGUGCCUCACACCACAGCCAGCCCAGAGAAAGUGGAUCAGUACAUCCAGGAGCUCUCCGAGAAGCUGACCCAGAAUGCCAGGGGUCUCCACCAGAAGAUCCAAAGGAACCUCAAUCACCUCAAAGAGCAGCUGAGUCUUUACCCCGGCGACCUGAGAGAGCACUUUACUAGCUCGCCCGUAGACCCUCGCUGGCUGGCAGAGCCGUACGUGGAGGGCCUGGCCCGGGAAGUGCGGAUGAGAGUCGAAGAGUUCAGAAGGGACACGUUCCUCCAGAUAGAAGACUUCACCAGGACCAUUGCCCGGGAGACAGAAGACGUGAAGUUCAAGUUGUCUUCACCCUCUCCGUCCGCAGAGGAGUUUCAGGACAGCUCGGCACCUAUUGAGGACUUGCAUGUCCGGCUCGACAGCCUGUGGAAGGAUAUUUCCCAGAGCUUACAUGAGAAGAGCAGUGACUUUGAGUGAAACCUGGUGUAUCGGUGUGUGCACGAGUGUGUGUCCAUGCACACGCGUGCUUUAACCAUGGCGGGAUAAAAUAAAAAUCAUAACUGACUGCA